AACAAUAAACUGAUGCUUCAAGCUUCAUUCAGUGCUGCGAAGGAAAGGCGAGGGCGAAUAAACCCGACGGCGGCCAGCCGAUCGACACCGAUUUCUUCAUCGCGCAGCAAAAAUAAGCUCCGAAAUCGAUGUAGAUUUCGGACGCAAAGAGCAAUAAGCGAGAGAAUCUGAGGGAGCGGGCGAAGGACCAGAGGCAAGCUGGAGGAUUACUCAUCAAAACCCUAACCGCUUCCCCGACUUAUAAAUCUUAAACGGCCGCAGUAAUCGCACCUCGGAAUUUGCUACUGCUUCCUUUCCUCUUGCUUAUCCGCGUCAUCCCAGGUUCCGCCUCUAAGAAGCCAGUUUGCCGGUUCCAUCGGUAGAACCUGAUCUAUUUGGUCAAACUAAUAUAUAGCUAAUGUCGGUUCAUGGUUGCAUCAAUGCAGUUAUGAAUGACAGCGAAGAAGAUGAUGAUGCACCUUUGGUUUUUAGGAGGGCAAACUCUUCAUCAAAGCAACGUCACUUGAGCUCUACUUCAAAGAAGACUGAUACUCAAAAGGAUGCCGGCUCUAAUCUUGUUUCUAACCAAAUUGCUCAGAAUGGUGAGAGCUCACAUUUGCAAAAUGUUAAGUUACUCUCUAAGGCAUCUAGUGAGAAGCCUCCUUUGGCUCGCCCAAAUGUGGGAUCUUUGCAACCUGCAUCCCACAAUAAAUUAAUAACCAAUGAUGCAAAUCCGAAACCCAAGGAUGGGUUAUCUGAUUCAGAUGAUGAUAAACCAUUAAGCCAUACACUUAACUCAACAUCUGUAGCUGUUCAGAGAAAACGUUCCAUGGAAGUAGAGAAAAUAUGCAUGCAUUCUAAAGGGGAUAACUUUACAAGUGGAAGUGCAGGAAACAUGGAUUUGAGCAAGUCAAACAUAAAAAGUGAGAAUUCUGAUGAUGAUAAACCAUUGAGUUUGAAAUACUCUUCAUCUGGUAUAGUCAACAGAAGUGCCUCGUUACAGGCCGUGAAGGCUUCUCAAAGUACAAAGCCUUUACCUCUAUCUGUGAAAUUAACUUCAAAGACCAAAGAAGAAUCUGAUGACUCGGAAGAUGAAAAACCACUUCUUUCCAGGUUUCAGUCCAAGGCAAUUGGUGGUUCAUCUAUGAAAGACUCCAAUGUAGCUGAGAAGUCAUCUUCUAAGUCGAAGUUAAAUGGUUCUGACAAGAAGGACAAAAGCAGUGAUGAGAACUCUGCCAAGGGUGGUCAAAAGCGGCCCCUUUCUGGUGCCAAUCCUGCUGAUUCUUCAUCAAUUAAGAAGUCAAAACUUUCAGAUUCUUCAGCUUCUGUGAAGGUUAAACAGGAAGAUUUUGUUAAGAAAGAAAGUAAAACAGAUGAUAAUGAUCACUUACCAAUUGCACAAAGAAUGAAAAAAACAGUGUCAUCUAACAGUGCAUCAAUCAGCAAGAAUGCAUUGCACAAAACUACUAGCUCGUCACUCAAGAAGAGUAACAUUAAAAUGAAGAAAAAGAUGAAGGAUUCUAAAUUUUCCAAGUCAUUGAAGAUGCCUCCGGGUUCUGGUGGGGGGCAGAAAUGGACUACCUUGGAGCACAAUGGUGUUAUAUUUCCUCCUCCUUACAAGCCUCACGGGGUUAAAAUGCUAUAUAAGGGACAACCAGUUGAUUUGACACCUGAACAAGAGGAGGUUGCAACAAUGUUUGCUGUCAUGAAGGACACAGAUUAUGCUAGCAAAAAGCAAUUUAUUGAAAACUUUAUGCAUGACUGGCGACUUAUGCUUGGUAAAAAUCACAUCAUUAAGAAGUUCGAGCUAUGUGAUUUUACCCCAAUAUAUGAGUGGCAUCUAAAAGAGAAGGAGAAGAAGAAGCAAAUGACUUCCGAGGAAAAGAAGGUUGCAAAGGAAGAAAAAUUGAAACAAGAGGAGAAAUACAUGUGGGCUAUUGUUGAUGGUGUGAAAGAGAAGGUUGGGAACUUCAGAGUCGAACCUCCAGGAUUAUUCCGAGGCCGAGGAGAGCAUCCAAAGAUGGGCAAGUUGAAACAGAGAAUUAGGCCAAAAGAUAUUACAAUCAACAUAGGGAAAGAUGCACCAAUUCCAGAAUGCCCAAUACCUGGUGAAAGAUGGAAAGAAAUAAAGCACGAUAACACUGUUACAUGGUUGGCAUUCUGGAAUGAUCCAAUCAAUCCAAAAGAAUUCAAGUAUGUUUUUCUGGCAGCGAGUAGUUCAUUAAAAGGGCAAAGUGAUAAAGAGAAGUAUGAGAAAGCUAGGCUGCUGAAGGAUUAUAUACAAAAUAUCCGUGCAAACUAUACAAGAGAUUUCAAUAGUAAAGAUCCAACUAAGCGACAAAUUGCAGUGGCAACUUAUCUUAUUGAUAAGCUAGCACUUAGGGCAGGCAAUGAAAAGGAUGAUGAUGAGGCUGAUACCGUUGGUUGCUGUACUUUAAAGGUGGAGAAUGUAGAGCUGGUCCCUCCAAAUAAGCUGAAGUUUGACUUCUUAGGUAAAGAUUCUAUUCGAUACUUGAACACUGUGGAGGUUGAACCACCUGUCUAUAAAGCAAUCGGCGAUUUUCAAACCGCUAAAAGGAGUAAUGGUGGUAAGAAAGACAAGGGUGACGAUCUGUUUGACUUGUUGGACACAAGCAAACUCAACACACAUCUCAAGGAACUCAUGCCUGGACUUACUGCAAAAGUUUUCCGUACAUACAACGCUUCUAUCACAUUGGAUGCUAUAUUAAAUAAGGAAACUAAGGAUGGCACCGCACCUGAGAAAAUUGCAGUCUAUCAGCAUGCAAACAAAGAAGUUGCAAUUAUCUGUAACCAUCAGCGCAGCGUCUCCAAGUCUCAUGAAAAUCAGAUGUCUAAGUUGAAUGAAAAGAUAAAUGAUUUGAAGGCACAAAGGGAGGAAUUGUCGACGGAUCUGAACAGGGCUAGGAAAGGGAAGCCUCCACUCAAAGAUAAAGAAGGAAAGACGAAGAAAAACUUGGCCCCUGAAGCGAUCGGAAAGAAGAUUGCUCAGAUUGAUGCAAAGAUAGAAAAGAUGGAAAUUGAUAAACAAAUAAAAGAGGAUCUGAAAACAGUUGCACUUGGAACAUCAAAAAUCAAUUACCUAGAUCCGAGAAUAUCAGUCGCAUGGUGCAAGAGACAUGAAGUUCCAAUUGAGAAGAUAUUCAACAAAUCACUACUAGCGAAAUUUGCAUGGUCAAUGGACGUAGAUCCCAACUUCAGAUUCUAGCCCUGCUUGAUUCAUACACCCAGUAGACAAACUUUCAAGCUAUUCAAUUUUCAGAUUCAAGGAAAUUCCAUCAAUCUUGCUAGUUUGCUAGAUUGUUCUCUAAAAGACUCGCAGAGAUCCAGAAGAACAGUUCGCUAUACAUGUUAUUCGAUUCAAAUUAUCAGAGAACUCAAGUUUGUAUUUCCGUAUAUGCACGUCAUAUAUCGAUAGUGAGAUGAACUGGUGGCCUUGGCUUUGGUUCUUUUCAGGCACCAAAACGUAGUUGAUGCUAGCGAGAUGAUGUUAUUGUCAUUAGAAUGUAACUUAACUUUAAUGCAAACUCUUUGAAGAUCUUCUUAAGAUGAUUUCAGUUAUUAAGAUGGACAUUAAUAAAAAUUUAGUUGUGUAUGAAAA